UUCAGUUCAUCUGAUGACGUGGUGCCGAUCCCUCAGCUGCGCGAGACGAUGGCUGACCAGAGCAGGCAAAUAAAACUCGCUGCAGCCAAGAAAAAGCUGAAGGAGUUUCAGCAGAAGAGUACUCCAUCCACUGGAAGUGCUGGACCAAAGAAGAAGAGGAAAGGGAAAGGGGUCGACCAGCCGGACACCCCAGCUGACAGACGGUCGCCGGACAAUGUGAGUCAGAUUAAGAAUAUUCUCAAAGUUGUGGUGUCUGAUCUUAAUCUGACUAAUGGAGUGUCUCAACCUCCAUUUGUCAAGCGCAGUCAGGACCGUGUGGAUUUGGGAAACCGGGUCUCGCAGGAGCUGGAGGAGCCCGGCGCAGAACCUGACCGAGACUCGGCUGUCUCUAACCUCGCUUAUGCUAUUAACACUGAGUGUGUCGCUGAUAAUGCGGCUCUGCAGAAUCACACAGCAGAUGCGAACGCCGAUGAACGCUCAAUGGAAGACAACAGGCCGCUGUCGUCCACAGAAAGCUUGAGACAGCUUUCCCAUCAGCUCAAUGGACUUCUGUCUGAGUCAUCAACAUACAUCAAUGGGGACAGCGGACCACCGACCGUCAGUGAGAAAGAAAUGGAGACUCGCAACCAAGAGCUGGCAGCUGCUCUGGACUCCAGCGCGCUAACAAACGCCCAGCUCGCAACCAAUCUCGAGACACUGACGAAACAGUCUCAAGAUCUUUCUGACCAGCUGCAGAAGGAGAGGAAAGAAUUUGAGCAGAAGUUUUCUAAGGAGCAGGGAGCCAUACGUGAACAGCUGCAGGUUCACAUCCAAACUAUCGGCAUUCUUGUGUCUGAGAAAUCUGAGCUCCAGACAGCGCUGUCUUACACACAGCAGGCGGCACGACAGAAGACAGCCGAGGCAGAGGAUCUGAGCUCGCGUCUGCAGGCCAAUAAACGGCGAGUAUCGGAGUUGGAGAGAACAUUAUCAACAGUCUCUACACAACAGAAACAGUUUGAGAAGCACAAUAAAGAGCUUGAGAGGGAGAGAGACAGUCUGCGAGUAGAAAUCCUCAGAUUGAAUAAAGUGAGUGAAGAGUCCAGACAGCAGAGCUCUGAACUCUCCGAGCAGCUCAAACUGACUGUGAAUGAGAACAAAGCCGCGAAGCAUGAACUCCACGAGCUCGGCAAGCGCUUGGAGAUGGCCGACAGCAUGCUGCAGCAGUUCUCCAGUCAGUCUGGACCUCCGUCAGAACAACAGCAGGUUCAGCUUCUACUGGAGGAGAAACACCAGUUAGAGCAGCACAUGGCUCAGCUGAUGGAGUCGGUAGGUCAGCUGAGGAUGGAGAGAGACCAGUACGCUCUUCAGAUACAGGAGGAGGGGCGAGUGUGGAAAGACAAGACAGAACAACUUCUAUCUCAGGUACGGCUGAUGUCUGAGGAAAGGGACGCCACAGCUGCUGAAAUUAUUGAACUGCAGGACAAGAUCUCAGAUCUGGAGAACGCUGCAGCUCUGAUGAACAAAGAGCAGGAGUCCCAGGCCUUGUCACAGAUCACAGGACCCUCAGAAAGUGAACUGGCCCUUCAGGAAUCCAUCCGCAGUCUUCAGCAGGAACGGGAUUCUCUCAGUUUACAGUAUCAAGCACAGGUGCGGGACAAUGAGCAGCUCAGUCGACUGGUGCAGGAACAGGAGCUGAGGCUGGAGGAGCUGGAGAGACAGACAGAGCGCACAGCUGAAGACGCGCAUGAUCGACUGCGCAUUUUAGAGGACGCCCAGAGUGACAAGGCCACCAUCAGCCGAGCGCUGGCCCAGAACAGAGACCUGAAAGAUCAGCUGGCCGAGCUUCAGAACGGCUUCGUCAAGCUGACCAAUGAAAACAUGGAGCUGACCAACGCUCUGCAGUCAGAGAAUCACAUUAAGAAGGAGAUCGCUCGUAAGAUGGGUCAACUGCAGGAAGAUCUUCACAACGCCAAAGAACAGCUGCUCGAGAAGUCGAAGGAGAGGGUGUCCAUACAGGAACAGAGAGAUCAGUACCUGAGCCAUCUGCAGCAGUACACGGCCGGUUACCAGCAGCUGGUGGCGGAGCGUGAACAUUUACACAAGCAGUUCCUGCAGCAGGCGCAGAUGAUGGACCGACUGCAGCACGAUGAGGUGGAGGGCAAAGUUCAGCUGGAACAGAGUCACAUGCAGCUGCAGCAGGCGCAGGAGAAGUUAAAUCAGCUGGUCAGAGACAACGAAGAGUUGAAGACUGAAGUUCAGGAGCUCUUGAACAGCUCCUCGAUGAGCCAGUCGAGUAGAGAUCAGGGAGAUGGAUUGGAAAGUCCUUCACCUGCAGACAGCUUCAUGAAGUCUCAGAUUGUCAUCCCCGAAGACUUCGAGAGCAGAGACGAGAUGGAGGAGUUUGUGCAUUCUGCUCUGUCACGUCUGGAGGAUGAGCGAGAUGAGAUGAGACGCAGGUUUGAAGAGGAGCGGAGACUUCAUCACGCCACCCGGCAACAGUUGGCGACUAUGAACCAUGAGCACUAUCAUCAUCAUCACGACACUCACACAGACACAGCAGAGAGCUCCAGUGGUGUUCCUGUGGAGGUCCAUGAGGUUCAGCGGGAUGCUAUGGAGAAACUCCAGCAUCGUUUCACGACUCUCAUGCAGGAGAAGGUGGAUCUGAGGGAGAGAUUAGAGGAGCUGGAACACCGCUGCAUUCAGCUCUCAGGAGAAACGGACACUAUCGGUGAAUACAUUGCACUGUAUCAGAACCAGAGAGCCAUCAUGAAACAGAAACACUUUGAAAAAGAGCAAUACAUCAACAUACUGGCCAAAGACAAGGAGGAGAUGAAGACCAAGUUAGCCGAGCUGCAGGACCUGGUCAUGCGUUUGGUGGGGGAAAGAAACGAGUGGUACAGCAGAUACAUGAGUGCCAUCGGUAACCCCGACCUCAUGCUGUCUGAAGAAGAGCCCGCUGAGAGACGCCAGCUCAAUGCUGUGGAUAGUCCAGCGAUUCUGGACAUAAGCUCAGCGGUCGAUGCGUCUGUAGUACCCCAGUCCAGCAUGGAUCCUGAGAUUCAUUCCCAGAGUUCUGAGAGGCCCAGAUCUGCACAUGAGCUCGCUGCCGGCCCGUCUCUGAGGCCCAAAGAGGACGGCACGGCCCGUCAGAUCAUGCAGCUCUUGCAAGAAAUCCAGAAUCCUCAGGCCAAACCCGUGUCCUUCCUGGGAGAAAACCCGUGCAUCCCGUUCUUCUACCGGCCCGACGAACAGGAUGAGGUCAAGAUCUUGGUUGUCUAAAAUCCUUCAGUCACAGUUUCCUGCAUCUCUCUCAUUCUUAAUCUGAGACUGUCGUUCCGUUCGACGCGAGAUGACGCCGACAAGCAUUUUUUGGCCUUUCUUCUGUUUCUCGGGCUGAAUGAGAGAAAUCUCUGGACUUCUGUGAAUCUCGGGUUGGAUGGAUGUCUGCGUUCUGCUCCUGUCGUCUCUUCUCCAGUUGUUAAUUUCGUCGAGAGGUGUAUUAGAGGGAUACAGUUUAGGUCAUGGAUGUUUUCAUCUGGACGAUGCAGAUUUUUUUUUUGCUUAACAUGAGACACUCUUUAGAUACUAAAGUAGGGCGGGUCAACGGAUUGCACAAUAACAAGGGUUUUCUAUGAAGUCGCUUUGAGGAGUGGGGUUUGAUUCAAGAAAGCAUUGUUUAGACAAACAUACGGCAAGUAGGGCAAAGUAUUGUGAAGGUGAUCCAAAACUAGAAUCUGAAGCUAGAUCUGAAGUACAGUUUGAACGGAAAGUUAUGUGGAUUCUGCAUCACACACAGCAGUCUAGUGUGAAACGGGGUUGUGGACGACAAAACCAAACUUCUCAAAGGCAUUCGUUAGAUAUAAAAUCAUAAUGUUGAGAGGACGGCACCAUCUCUUGAGUUUGUUUUACUCUGAUGGCUGUUUACUUUUAACACCGAGGGAGUUCAUUGAAAGAUUGUUAUCUUGUUUUCCCCCAUAAACACACCGAGCACUUUGUGUUAUUCCAGAGACUCGUGACCCGUCAGAUCCAGACCUUCGGAGACGCGUGACGGGAUGAAGGCUGUUUGUUGUUGACUCCACGAUGUCAGCCGUGCGUUGUUUUGUAGAACAAAUGAAGAAUACUGAACAGAUGUUGAUGAGCGAAUGAGAAACGAGCGCACAGGUCUGCGAGAGUCGUGUUUGUAUACAGCGGUCGUGAGAUACGUCUUCAUUCACAGAGAGAAAACGGCCAUCGGGAACGGGCACAGAACUCUGGGUAUUUACAGAGUGAGAAACGCAUCCUAUGAAGAACGCAGAUAUAAUGCAUUAGAAACGUACGAUAAUUGUGACCACAACCGAAACGCAAAAUCAUUUUCAUAGUUCUACUUCAAUAGAAAAACAAACAACGCUGGUUUCAUGUCAUAUCGUGUGUAAUAUUUAUAAUGUUGUAAUGUCAUACUUUUAAACAGUCAGUUAUUUAUUAUAAGGAUUUGGUGUGACUGCUGUGGUCUCAAUUAUCGACACAAAUUCGAAUGAGUAUUUGAAUCUAUGAUGCUUAUGAAAACCAUUUAUGAUGCAUUAUAAUCCAUGUGGGCUUCGUAGUGUUCCACGCUUGUUUUGUUUAUUUCUAUUCACCUGAAGAUUUUCAGAAAACUUAGUGAUAGUUUGUUAUCAUAUAUGUUGGUAUAACUGGAACACAUGUUAAAGCAGAAGAACAGAAAUGAGUUGACAUCUCAAUACUUUGUGUGUGUGUCGAGGCAGUACGUCUAUGUGUUACUGUACCGUCUGGAGCAGGUGCACUCGAGCACUUUCACGUGUGUGAUUUUUGAGCAGCGAAUGUCCAGCGUAAACGACACUUGUAUCUGCUUUUUCAUCUACUUUUUCUUUCGAAUAGAUUUUACAGUGAUUAUUUUUGGACGUAGGACGUUAAUCAGAGAUUAUUAAAGCGAGAUGCUUCUUUUGAUUCGCAGAAAUGUUACGGAUGUGUAAAUAGUGUAACUGUGUAUCAUACUGUAUAUUGGUUUGGGGACGCUCACAUUUACCCGCUGAAGAUAAAGAAUAAAUCUAGUGUGAAGAGAAGAAGAGCGAGAGAUGAGAUGUGGUGUGAUUUCAUACUAAAGCUUACUUCAAUGCCAAUUCUAUUUAUUUGGAAUAAUGACACUAAUCUCGUUUCAUGUACACGAUGAAGGAAUGAUGGCUAGUUUCGGCAGAAUGAUAAUUUUCUUCCAAAAUAAACUUGAUUGAGCAAAAGUU